UGCGAGUUGUUAACAUGUUGAUCUGAAGUAAAGACGUUCAGUUUAAUUGCACAACAAGCCCCAUCCCUCAGUUUACCACACAAAGUGACAGGGUCAGACUGUCGAAAUGGCAUUGUGGCUUUUAAGCAUUUGCAGUGUCAGUUUGUCUGUUCGUGGUCUGUAACAGCUGAAAUAGUGAAACAUGAUGGUGUACUUCCUCUCAGACAGCGCAUCAGGCACACAUCCCAACCAACUGGUUUUGAUUUCUUGUCUUUCGAGCAUGACGGACGCAAAAUCAGCUUUAUCAGAGCAGGACAUUCAAAAGAAAAUAGAGGAAACAAGACACAUAUUCCGGAUCGAAUAUGCACAAGACUCAGCAGACAAGUAUGACUCAAGGGACGUGGACAGGUUAUGGAAGGACGAUGUUUUGGUUGACGGUUAUCUAGAAUGGCGACACUAUGUGGUGGAGGACACCUUGAAGAUGAUCGACGAGAGUCUUCAGUGGAGAAAAGAAUUCAAACUGAAUGACAUCAAUGAAAGCUCUGUUCAAAAGUCUCUUUUUGAGUCAGGCAUGCAUUAUCUCCAUGGCUACGAUAAAGAGGGCAACAAACUGUUCUGGUUCAGGGUUAAGCUGCACAUGAAGCAUGUGAAGAUGUUGACAGAGAAGAAGAGGUACGUGGCCUUCUGGUUGGAGAGCUACGCCCGGCGGGAACCAGGGGUUCCCCUCACCGUGAUCUUUGACAUGUCCGAAGCAGGUCUAAGCUGCGUUGACAUGGAUUUUAUCAAAUAUAUAAUAAAUUGCUUCCAAGUGUAUUACCCUAGAUUGCUCUCCAAAAUGCUCAUGUACGAGAUGCCAUGGAUCAUGAAUGCGGCAUGGAAGAUAGUGAAGAACAUGCUCAGUCAAGACGCCAUCGACAAGCUGAAGUUUGUGUCCAAGAGUGACAUCCAGAACUACGUUGAUGGAGAGCACCUCCCGUCCUACAUGGGAGGAACUGAUCCAUUCAAAUUCAGUUACCCGCCUUUGCCUGAUGAUGUCUUCCAGAACCCCAUAUCAGAGACUGGACAAGAGGAUGACACUGAGUCAAAGGAUGAUGACCUGGAGGCCAAGGACACCCUGGAGCCGAGCUCUCCUUCACUCAGAACCAGAAAUGUAUACUUUGCAGAGGAUGGGGACAAUGAUGCAGCCAUCAGAUGGAAAGGAUCCCGUAGGUCAACCGUCACUUUUAAAGGCACCUUACUCUAUAUCAGUCCUGCUGAGGAGUUGUGCUUUGGCCCCAGAGAGAGUGAGAAGAGAUGUCUGAUCAUGCUCAAUAAUGUCACCAAAAACCAAGUGGCCUUCAAGGUGCGGACCACAGCCCCAGAGAAGUACAGGGUGAAGCCCAGCAGUAGCAGCUGUGGGGCGGGCACGAGUAUGGAAAUCACUGUGUACCUGCAUGGAGGUUCCCUGUGCUCUCCUCAGGACCGCUUCUUAAUCAUGGCUGCUGAGAUGGAGCCAAGUAGUGGUGGGGGGAGCACAGACCUCGCCCAGUUCUGGAAGGACGUCCCAAAGGCUAAAAUAAUGGAGCACAGGCUGCGAUGUCGCAUGCUGGAGGGCAUGAAGUCGGCACUCAGCCCUGUGACUGACAGGUCUUACAAAAUGGAGACCAAUGGCUACCAAGACAUGCACACCAAGCUUGUUCAGUUGAUGGCCAGCAGCUCCAGGCUCGAACAGAAGAUGGACCGCUGCCUGCGGUGGCAGAAGCUCUUGACUGUACUGGUGACUGCGCUGACGGCCUUAGGCUUCUCUGCCCUCUACAUACAGUACACUGGGGAGUGGCCAUUUUUUAACUUUCCCACAGUGGAGGAAGAAGACAGAAGGACCAGUCACAGUGGAGUCAGGAUGAACGUGGAUUUCUGAUUGGAGCAGAAAUAUGAGGAACUGCUCGCAAUCCACUCAAUGGCCUUUGGACACUGUGAAUACAAUCAUAUUUCCACACUAUCAUGUUGGAAUAAUACUGUGAAAUUGUGAAAGUAAUGAUAAUUCCCUUUUAGUGUAAGAGCUGUUUGAAAAGACUGCCUGAAAUCUCAGCCUGUUUUAGUGGGUCAUGGCUAGCAGGUUAGGAGAAUUUACAGCAGGUUAGGAGAAUUUACAGCAGGUUAGGAGAAUGAGGUUAAGGUUGGGAAACUUUUUACAUUCAUUUGACAAAAACUGGAGCCCUUCUGGAGUUUUGGCCUGCCUGGUGACAUCACCAGGCGGUAAAUUAAUUAA